AACUCUAGCAACCCCGCAGAGUAGAGCUGCAGCGGGAGGGGCUGAGGCAGAGAGGAAAGAGAAAACCGGAGACGAAGCUGAGGGGGUUUUCUCUAAAAAUCUCUAGUGCCACCACAGAGACCUUCCCCAGUUUCUCUCCCUUCAUCAGCCUUCCUCUUCCUUCUCCAUAUAGCAUCAGUCCAAGAGAUUGAGUCCCUUCUGUUCCCUCGUCUGCCUCUGCUAAGCUCCCCAAGCCUCUCUCCAAAGCGCCCCCACACCAUCACCACCACCACCACCACCGGUCAUCACCAUGGCGGAGACCAACAAUGAAUGCAGCAUCAAGGUGCUCUGUCGAUUCAGACCCCUGAACCAGUCGGAGAUUCUUCGGGGUGACAAAUUUAUCCCUCUUUUUCAAGGGGAUGACAGCGUCAUUAUUGGGGGCAAGCCGUAUGUGUUUGACCGAGUAUUCCCUCCAAAUACAACACAGGAACAAGUUUAUCAUGCAUGUGCUAUGCAAAUUGUCAAAGAUGUUCUUGCUGGUUACAAUGGCACUAUUUUUGCUUAUGGACAAACCUCAUCAGGAAAGACACACACUAUGGAGGGGAAGUUGCAUGAUCCUCAGCUCAUGGGAAUCAUUCCUCGAAUUGCCCGUGACAUCUUCAAUCAUAUCUAUUCCAUGGAUGAGAACCUUGAGUUUCACAUCAAGGUUUCUUACUUUGAGAUUUAUCUGGAUAAAAUUCGUGACCUGCUGGAUGUGACCAAGACAAAUCUCUCUGUGCAUGAAGAUAAGAACCGGGUGCCAUUUGUCAAGGGUUGCACUGAGCGCUUUGUGUCUAGUCCAGAAGAAAUUUUGGAUGUUAUUGAUGAGGGGAAAUCAAAUCGCCAUGUGGCAGUUACUAACAUGAAUGAGCACAGCUCCCGAAGUCACAGCAUUUUCCUUAUCAACAUCAAGCAAGAAAAUGUGGAGACUGAGCAAAAGCUCAGUGGGAAGCUCUAUCUAGUGGACCUGGCAGGAAGUGAGAAGGUCAGCAAAACAGGGGCAGAGGGAGCUGUGUUGGAUGAAGCAAAGAAUAUCAACAAGUCUUUGUCAGCAUUGGGGAAUGUGAUCUCUGCCCUGGCUGAAGGCACAAAAAGCUACGUUCCAUAUCGUGACAGCAAAAUGACUAGGAUCCUUCAGGACUCUUUGGGAGGGAACUGUAGGACAACCAUGUUUAUCUGUUGCUCACCAUCCAGUUACAAUGAUGCUGAGACCAAAUCUACUCUUAUGUUUGGACAGAGGGCAAAGACCAUCAAGAACACUGCUUCAGUAAAUCUGGAACUGACGGCUGAGCAAUGGAAGAAGAAAUAUGAAAAAGAGAAGGAGAAGACAAAGGCACAAAAAGAGACAAUUGCUAAGCUGGAAGCUGAGCUGAGUCGGUGGCGAAAUGGGGAGAAUGUGCCAGAGACUGAGCGUCUGGGUGGGGAAGGAACAACUUCUGGAGGGGAACUCUGUGAGGAGACACCUGUGAAUGACAACUCAUCCAUUGUGGUUCGAAUAGCGCCUGAGGAAAGACAGAAAUAUGAAGAAGAGAUAAGGCGUCUUUACAAGCAGCUAGAUGAUAAGGAUGAUGAGAUUAAUCAGCAGAGUCAACUGAUGGAAAAACUUAAGCAACAAAUGUUGGACCAGGAAGAGCUGUUGGUGUCCACAAGAGGUGAUAAUGAGAAGGUUCAGCAGGAGCUGAGUCAUCUGCAGUCAGAGAAUGAUGCAGCCAAGGAUGAAGUGAAGGAGGUGUUGCAAGCACUAGAAGAAUUGGCAGUCAACUAUGAUCAAAAAUCACAGGAAGUUGAGGAAAAGAGUCAGCAGAACCAGCUACUGAUGGAUGAACUGUCACAAAAGGUGGCUACUAUGCUGUCUUUGGAGUCUGAGCUGCAGAGGAUACAAGAAGUCAGUGGUCAUCAGAGAAAGAGAAUUGCUGAAGUCCUUAAUGGACUAAUGAAGGAUCUGAGUGAAUUCAGUGUCAUUGUGGGUAAUGGGGAAAUCAAGCUGCCAGUGGAGAUAAGUGGAGCAAUUGAAGAAGAAUUCACGGUGGCCCGACUCUAUAUCAGUAAGAUCAAGUCAGAAGUCAAGUCUGUGGUUAAGCGGUGCCGGCAGCUGGAGAAUCUACAGGUUGAAUGUCACCGAAAAAUGGAGGUGACUGGGCGAGAGCUCUCUUCCUGUCAGCUGCUCAUCUCCCAGCAUGAGGCCAAAAUCCGAUCCCUGACUGAAUACAUGCAAAGUGUGGAACUGAAGAAGAGGCAUCUUGAAGAGUCCUAUGAUUCCUUGAGCGAUGAGCUUGCUAAAUUACAGGCUCAGGAAACUGUGAAUGAAGUAGCCUUGAAGGACAAGGAACCAGAUACCCAGGAUGCUGAUGAGGUGAAGAAGGCACUGGAACUGCAGAUGGAGAACCAUCGUGAGGCCCAUCAUCGGCAGCUGGCUCGGCUUCGGGAUGAGAUCAACGAGAAGCAGAAAAUCAUUGAUGAACUUAAGGACCUAAAUCAGAAGCUACAGCUGGAGCUAGAAAAACUACAGGCUGACUAUGAGAAACUCAAGAAUGAGGAGCAUGAGAAGAGCAGUAAACUACAGGAGCUGACAUUUCUCUAUGAGCGACAGGAGCAGUCCAAGCAGGACCUCAAAGGGCUGGAGGAGACUGUUGCCCGGGAACUCCAGACCCUCCACAACCUUCGCAAGCUGUUCGUUCAAGACGUCACGACUCGAGUCAAGAAAAGUGCAGAAAUGGAACCCGAAGACAGUGGGGGGAUUCACUCCCAGAAACAGAAGAUUUCCUUUCUUGAGAACAACCUGGAACAGCUUACAAAGGUUCACAAACAGCUGGUUCGUGACAAUGCAGAUCUGCGCUGUGAGCUUCCUAAGCUGGAGAAACGACUUAGGGCUACGGCUGAGAGAGUUAAGGCCCUGGAGGGCGCAUUGAAGGAAGCAAAAGAAGGUGCUAUGAAAGACAAGCGCAGAUACCAGCAAGAGGUAGACAGAAUCAAGGAAGCUGUGCGCUACAAGAAUGCUGGCAAGCGAAACCACUCUGCUCAGAUUGCCAAACCAGUCCGGCCUGGCCAUUAUCCAGUGUCUUCACCCACCAAUCCCUAUGGCACCAGGAGCCCUGAAUGCAUCAGUUACACAAACAAUCUUUUCCAGAACUAUCAGAAUUUGUAUCUGCAGGCUGCACCUACUGCUACUUCGGAUAUGUACUUUGGUAACUCCUUUGCCAGUGGUGGAACCUCCUCCUCCAGUGGUAAUCUGGCUUCCUACCAGAAGCUAAAUAUGGAUAAUGGAAAUGCUACAGACAUCAAUGACAACAGGAGUGACCUGCCCUGUGGCUGCGAAGCUGAUGAACAGGCUAAGCUUUUCCCCCUUCAUCAAGAGACAGCAGCCAGCUAAUCCUCCCCUAUGAACUGAUACAUACCUGCACUUUGAGUUUCUAAGAGGGAUUGAGGCCUCUCCUCUCAGCAUGCUGCAAACCUGUGGUCUCUGAUUACUAACCCCUUUCCCCAAUCCUCGUUGUUCAAUUGUAUCAUGUCAUUGAUGUCUUUCUCUUGUUCUCUGUAUAUCUCUGUGUACUGUAUAUCAAAACUGCUGCUAUGUCUUUUUUUCCCACUGUCUUACUCUUGAAGGUAUCUAAUGAUGUAUCUAGCAACUUUUUAUGCAUAGUUUACCCCACUCGUUUGGGGUAGUAAGGAGGAAGGUGAAGAUUUCUUCUCUCUCAUGUAUUUAUCUUUCACAUUGAGUGGUAUUAAUCACUAAGUCAGGGUCACUGGUAAAGAGGUCAAAUGGUAAAGAAGGAACAAAGGAAGCUAAAGGCCCAUGGCCUUGCUUAUUUAAAAACAAAAACAAAGCCUUAAGUUGAAGAAUGUUUUGGCUUUAUAACAAGUUACAGAAACACUCUUUCUCCCCCACAGAUUUAUUGAGCAGGGGUGGCUAGAAUUCCUAUCUUCUGAGGAUUCCAGAUAUUUACCUCUGUCCUCCAAGAUUUAUCUUUUCUUCUUAUUGUUCUCUGGAUACUAAAACCAUGAGUGGCUGAAAUCAUUCUUCUCCUUUAUUUCUGCCUUUUGACAUGCCACCUCAUAGUUUCUGCUUAGAAUUCCCAGAGCUACACUGUAGUGAUAGAGAAGCUGGGAACUUAAUUCUUUUGACCUUUCUCCAGAGAACCUGGCAAAUAACUGCUUGUUCUUUUUUUAAAACUGUAGUGGAUAGCAAAUAGGCAAAUGGCAGUUGAUGUUGUUUGUCUUGAAUUUCUCCCAGCAUAAUGGAGUAAACAGGCAGGGAAAUUUCUUGCACUUAUUUGCAACACUGAUCUCAAGAUGUAGAGGAGGUGAGCUGGACCCUUUUCUCUUUGUUCCAUAUUAUGCUGCUUUGUCCUCUCAUCUCUUCUUCCCUGCCCCAGCCUUGGUUUAGGGUUUUCUAGUUGUCAGAAAAAUGACUCUCUAGAUUUAUUCCUGCCAAGCUGGGGGCAACAAUCUCCAAAUUUCUAUUUUCUGUUUCUUCAGCAAAAAUCCUUCUCAAAGAGUGCACUUUAAGGAAGAAGGGAGGAGAAAAAAAUUUUUUAAGGAAGUAGAGUUUCAAUACUUAAUAUCUAGAAGCUCCAACUAUACCCUCCCUUAGCCCAAAAAAGCAACAGCCACUGGGUAGAAGAAAUGGUUAGAAUUUUGGUUUGGUUUUGAUCUAACUCUUUCUUCUAUCCAACUCUGCCUAUGUUCAAGAGGUUUUGUGAAUAAGUGCAAGACUGGAGAACUUAGACCACAGACUAGAAAGAAAACCGGAUUUCUCCUUUUCUCUUAAGGAACACUAGAAUAAUUUAGAAACUUGUAAAUGCAAAUCUUAUCUGUGAGGCUAUUUUAGUGCCUAACAUCUAUUCUUUCAACUUUUAAGGGAGGCUUGGCGAGGAAUCCAAGGAAGAAAAUGGGUAUAUCUGCCCUAUAGACAGGAUAGAAAUGUCUUCCUAAAACUAUCUUAAGGCAUAAAUCCAGGAUAGAAAGAAUUAACAUUUCUCAAACAAAACAGCUACAUCCCUAGAACUAAUCUUUCUCAAGGAAAAAAACAAACACAUUCUCACCUCUAUCAGUUACUCCGUAGACCUAAAUAUCCCCCACCCCCAGAAAUUCCUAUCUUUGAAGCAAAACAAAACAAAACAAAACAAAAAACUGGAGUGGGGAAGAGAUCAUCCAUAUCCAUACCUUUUAAGAUUAUAGAAUUUACCAGACUCUAAUGAGAACUAAGAUCGGAUAAGACAGUCUGCAAGUACCUGAGAGGUAAUAUUGAAAGAAAUCACACACUGAUAAAAAUGAGGGUAAAGUCCCAGAUCAAAUGAAAAACAUCUUUACUAAAGGGAUUUCAUGCCAAUUUUCACUACCAGGGGACCCGAGUCCAGUAUGUUUUAUGUAAUAGUGCCAUUUAAUUAUUCUUUUAAGGAGCAGAUGAGUUGUGAAGGCAUGGUGAGGGGGGGAGGAAGGUGUGCAAAAGGAUUAGUGGGAGAAGGGCUGGGAAUGUAUCACUCACACGCUGUACACACGCACGCAACAGGAAAAAAAAAAUCCUUCCAUGAAGGCCUCAUCCUGCAUCCUCCUCCUCGAGUCAUCUGUCCCUCCCUCUCCUAAAGCCUGGGUCACAGCAUCUGGCUGGCCCACCCACAUCUGCCAAAUGUUGCAUGUCGGAGUGGAAGAAAACACAACACAAACCCCAGUGUCUAUUAAACUACGAGCGGAUAUCUUUAAAAAUAAAAACGGAAACGUUAACCUUU